AUGGCAACGACGAAUCAGAGUCAACAACGGGCACCUGCUGGUGGACAAUCUUCCAUCACUCCAGAGAAGAUCCAGCGGACCGACGCUAGCGUAUCCAGCGGGCGUACAGGUUCAGUGGUUGUGAGAUUGCAGGAAAAGAAGGUGAGGAUGGAGCUAGGACUUGGGCUCGGAGUUUCGAUGCUGAAGGAAGGGGAUGCGGCGAGUCUUGGGUCGAUAUGGAUAGCGGAGCUGUUCAUUUAUGAAGAAGAUCUGGGCGAAAGGAAGAGUCGGUUGACCUCUCCUCAACUAUCACUCGGAGGUCAUCUACGGGAAGGGCUCGGCUUUGAACGAUGGAAGGCGACUGAGGUUGAGCGAAACAGAACUGCUGACAAUGAUGUGUGUUUUAAGACCCGGCAUCGAAAUCAGCUUGGCGGAAGCAAACCAGAAAUACCGCAGCAUUGGCGAGCGCCGAAAUGCGAAAUACCUCUCCAGCUUUGGCGGCACCGAAACGUCUCCACGGAAAACCGGCUUCACGGAAGUUUGCGGAAUGAGAGAUACUCUACAAGCGGUGUUGCCUUCCCUCGUGGGAGCUCUCAUCAUCAGGAUAUUACAUGUGCAGCAAUGACAGGGUUAUCGCUUACCAUCGUCAAAUGGCAAAACAGUAUCUCAUGGUUACCGCGAACGCAACAUAAGUCUGGCGUGCCAAAACAGAAAAGUACCACGGCAUCGAAGUACAUGCCUGACAUCAUGGCAAAAAAUCCCUUUGGACGAUGGUUCCGGAUAAAAGCCUCGAUCCACUCUGAAGCCGUUGUCGGGGCCGCCCCGAAAUUCACAUUUUAUUCGAUGCGCGCGACGUAG